AAUCUUGCACAUUUGCACCAGUCAAAGUUCACUUCAUGCAAUAAACCAUCCACAGGGAUGUGAUACACACCCUAAAGAGAAACACUUCAACUUAGCAUUAUGUGCAAGUCAUUUCUUGGUGGUUAAACAAUUCUAAAGCUUUACUGCUGGGUAUUAUUUUCAGUGGGCCUGGGUUUGCUGUCAGUGUGUGAAAUAUAAAGUAUUUACAAAAUGCCUCAAGGUUUAGGAGUCGUUCUGGAGGAGUGGAAAUGUCUGGAUAAGGAAUAUCAACAACUUCAGGAGACACACAGAAUGUAUUUACAGAAGCUGGAUGAAAUUUCCAAACUACAAAACAACUGCUCUUCCUCCAUUUCCAGUCAGCGCAAAAGGCUAAAGGAGGUGUCCCACCUAGUGGAAAAAUGCAUCCAAGGACCAUCAGAAGAAGACGCUAAAACCUUGGAUGAAAUAAAUGAGAAGAUAAAGAUGCGACCAAAUGCUUUCUCUGAAAUGGAAGCUUUCCUUCCAAAAAAAAACGGGUUGUACCUCAGUCUGGUUCUUGGACAUGUGAAUGUCACUCUUCUCAGCAAGCAGUCAAAAUUUGCGUACAAAGAUGAAUACGAGAAGUUCAAGCUGUACUUCACAGUCCUCCUGAUGCUGUUCUCUUUCAUAUGCUAUUUCUUUGUGAGCUACAGAUUCCUUGAUGCAAUCCUCAAUUUCCUGCUGGUGUGGUACUAUUGUACAUUAACCAUCAGGGAAAGUAUCCUCAUCACCAACGGCUCCAGAAUCAAAGGCUGGUGGGUUUUUCAUCACUACAUCUCAUCUUUUUUGUCCAGUGUAAUGCUGACAUGGCCAGAUGGGAAUCUGUACAAGAUAUUCAGGAACCAGUUCCUUGCCUACUCCUUGUAUCAAAGUUUAGUUCAGUGUCUGCAGUGCUACUAUCAAAGCGGAUGUCUGUACAGGCUUCGAGCCCUGGGAGAAAGACACAACAUGGAUCUGACCGUGGAGGGAUUUCAGUCGUGGAUGUGGAAAGGGCUGACGUUUCUGUUACCCUUCCUGUUUUUUGGUCAUUUCUGGCAGCUCUUCAACAGCCUCUCACUCUUCCGAAUGGCUCAGCUCCCAGACUGUAAAGAAUGGCAGGUCUUGAUGUGUGGCCUCUGCUUCCUUAUUCUGUUCAUGGGAAACUUCUUCACCACUGUUGCUGUGGUCCGUCACAAGGUCAAGAGCAGGAAUCAGAAACCAAAGAGUAUGUGAUGAAUACUAUAAUAAAAUCAGAAUCCGAUUUAUUGCCAGGCAAAUUUGCACUUGCAAGGAAUUUGCCUUGGUGUAUUAGGUACACACAGUAAACAAUAAACAUAUUAAAAAGGGAACAAUAACAAUAACAUUAGAGCAAAGAACUGCUACAGUCAAGAACAUCAAUGCAGAAUAGAUACUAAAUUACAAAAACAUGUCAAAAAACUGUCUCACAUGCUUCUCUUCAAAUUAAAAGCUCACAUCAUCAUUAUUGUCGACUUUAACAUGAUUUAAUGCUAUUAUGCUAUCAAAUUAUGGCUAUUAUUACAAAACAUGUACAGUAUAAACAUAAUUGUUAAAAAAAAAUGUUUUAUGUUUAAUCAAUCACCAUUAAAAGGUAAAUUAUCCUCCACAAAACCUCUACUGUAUGUUCUUGUCUUUGUAUAAAAUGACUCUGAGGACAAACAAUGAAUAAAAGGCCAAUACAUUACAGACAUGCAAGCCUCUGUGAAGCUGGGAUUUUUUUUUUACUUUUACAUUGUGCUUGUACGUGUCUGAAUAUGUUUGAUUGCAGCCCAUUAUUCCAGUCUUUCUAUUUGAGGAAAAGUUGGGCACGUAAAUUCUAAGUUUCCCUGCAUGGA